UUUUCACUGACGUUUGAACUUGACACGGAAGCCUGAACCCAAAGCUGGUUUUAAUCUCUGCAGCGCCUCAAUAUUUCCUUGUUUUACGAUACAAGGCAAACUUGCCAACACUGUGAGGAACACUGCACAGCAACGCCUGGCAUAAAGGGGGCUUAUGUUAUGUUCGCCUCAAAAAGCGGUGUUGGGGAUUCACUGAGAUGGAAGACGUUCGAGCUUUGAAGAUAUAACUGUGCAGGCUUAAAGGAAAAUAUUCCUGCUCAUUUGUAUCUCAAGACAUUCUCGCCAGUGUGCCACAUUCCCCGCGCACUACUUUAAGGCAUGGAGUCGCCAGCUUCAGAUCUCUCCAUUACUGCAACAGAACAGGCGGUUCCUGAAGCCAGGAACGGUCAGUGCGCCCCGGUAUCUGGUCAGCCGAAGGAGAGGUACAGGAUGGACAGAGACACCGAGAUGAGGAUCAGUGAAAGCGCGCAGUUCGGCGAUACAGUGGAGAACAGAGGUUUACUGGAAAGCAGCCAAAAGCUGAAACCCCACGAAGCUCAGAGCUACCGCAAGAAGGCGUUGUGGGUGUCCUGGAUCUCGAUUCUUAUCACUCUGUCUCUGGCUGUGGUAGCCUUCAAUGGACCGGUCUCAAUAAGGGAAUGAGUAAUUCCUAUCAGCGAAGUGAGGGCACCGUAAAGACCAAAAAUGAU